AUGAAUAUACCUCCAGCUCUCAACCUUCAGAGUAUGCAGGACGCAGCAGCUGCCGACACAAGCGCUGCGUAUUGGAGAGCCGCAGCUGCAGCCGCUGCUGCCGCAGCUGCAGCGUCGUAUCUUCCGCAUGGACACGGCAACGCGCAUGUGGCGUCCCAGGGGCCUGGUGGUGUGGGAAUGGCCAUGCACGCGCCCAACUUCCUCAUGCCCCAAGCUUCCGCCAAUCACAUCCGGUCGCCGGCCCCGAACGCUAUUGCUGCGGGGACCAUGGCUGGCCUCGCCUUCUCCUCUUCCGCCGCCGCCGCUGCCGCCGCUGCGUCCGCUGGCGCGGCGAUGAUGCAGAACUCGCUGUCGAUGCACGCGCGCUUCUUCCCGUCUCUCCACCCGCACGCGGGCCUGACGCAGCACCACCAGCUGCACCAGCUGCAGGCCGGGAUUCCAGGCAUGUCGACACCGCAGGUGGUGCUGGGCGCGCACUCUCAGGCAUCCCUGCCGCACAUGGGGCUGCUUCCCGCCCAGCAGAUGGCCAUGCACGGGCAGCCUGGCAUGCUUCCUGGCCUGCCGCUCGCCUCCGAUCCCAGCUAUCUCGCGGCGCACCACCUGGCCCAGCAGCAACAGCAGCAGCAACUACAGCUGCAACACGAGCAGCAGCAACAACAGCAGCAAGUCGCGGCCCUGACUCCCGUUCCGCCUCCGCCUUCGGUUUUACUGGCAGGUGCGCACAAGGCGCACAUGCAGGAGGCGCAGAUCCAGAAGCAGCACGAAGCCCUUCCAGCGCAGCUGCAGCAGGUGCAAGGGUCGCAGCAGCAGGAGCAACAAGCAGGCGACGCCACUAAGGGCCCAGCAAACGGAGAGUGGGGCGGCAACGACGGCGACCUCGCAACCAAGGUGCGGAAGCCGUACACGAUAACGAAGCAGAGGGAGCGGUGGACGGAGGACGAGCACAACAAGUUCGUGGAAGCGCUCAAGCUCUACGGCCGCGCGUGGCGCCGCAUCGAAGAGCACAUCGGCAGCAAGACCGCCGUGCAGAUCCGCAGUCACGCGCAGAAGUUCUUUACCAAGCUGGAGCGCGACGGCACCUCCGCCGCCACGUCGCAGAUGGACAUCGAGAUCCCACCGCCGCGCCCCAAGCGCAAGCCCGCGCACCCGUACCCGCGGAAGGCGGGCUCCGCCAGCAGCUCGCAGCCGCAGGCGCCACAGCGGCAGAACAGCCAGCACAGCCUGUCCAAGGCGCUGCAGCAGCCGUCACCGCCGCUGCUGCCCCCUCCUCCCCCCCCUCCUAAGGCUCUUCUCCCCUGCAUGAAGCAGCUCCAGCUGCCACAGCCGCCACCGCCGCCGCCUCAACCGAAGCAUCGUGUGCAGCCGAACCAAGCGGCAGCAGCGCAGCAGCAGGCGGUAGCGCGAGAGAAGGGUAAGCACAAGGCCCGGCAGGCAACCUCCCAGCAGCGCGCCGAGGCAGAGGAAUCAGAGCCGCAGCAGCAGCGGUCGAGCAGGCAGGUGUCGCAGGGGCUGAGCUCGCAGCGCACGCAGUCGCAGACGUCGCGCUCCGCGCUGCCCGUGUCGUCCGACCAGUCGUGCGGCAACCAGCGCGCCGACGAUGGCCUCGACUCCAAGUACGUCUCGCCAGUCCCCGCCACCGCCGCCGCACCGCAGAGCUACGUCAAGGCGGAGGCCCAUGCGCUGCCCGCCGUCGUCACCUCCCCCUCGCUGCUCGCCCCUCAGCGCGACGCUGCUCGUGGCGACGCGUGCGGGUCGCCGUACUCGUCGCCGCCAACGGAGGGCGACAGCGGCGCGCGGCAGUCGCCCGACCAGCGCAGCACGCUGAAGCUGUUCGGCAAGACACUCGCCACUCCCCCCGCCAUGCCGCCCCCGCCCCCACCCCCGGCUGUGCCAUUAGCAACCUUGCCUCCCCCCGCUGCCCAAAGCACCAACCCUCUCGCCAUUGCACCGGGUGCCGCUGUUGCUGCACCUGCAGCCUCGGCGUCUCCCGGCGGCAGCCCUGCGCGCUCGCCGCCGCUCCACCCGCCGCUGCUCUCCCUUGCAACACACCCCGCCGAUCUUGCGCCGCCCUCUGGCGUGCAGCACAGGCGCCUCAAGCACUCGGCGGAGGAAGGUGGCGCAGGGGACACACAAAAGGCGGAAUACAAGGAGCAAGAAGAGGAGGAUGAGGAGGAGAAGGAGGAAGAGGAGGACGGGGAGGAGGAGGAUGAGGGGGAGGAGGAGGCGGAUGAGCGUGCGCCGAUGGUGACGCGGUCGCUGUCCCUUCCAGAGCCUCCAAGUGCUGCGGGCCUCGCGGAGGACUCGCAGGGGCUGUGCCUCUCAGAGAGGCCGCACGCCGCACCAUCGGCGCACGGGGAGCGGAUGGCGGAGACAGGCGCAAGAGGCUGCGCGGAGCACCGGGGAAUAGCGGCAGCGCAGCGCGCAAUGCGGUCGUUGAGCGUGACGGGGCACGACGUGUCCACGUCAGCGUGCGGAAGCUUCUCAGAGCGCUCCGUAGUGCUCGAGUCGGGCCUCUCCGUCGAGCCCCUCCCUGCCGCCGCUCCGCUGCCGCCGCCCGCGCCGCAGCGCGCGGACCGCGGAGGAGCAGCACCGGCAACGGCAGCAGACGCGCACCCGAUGGCAGUGGGCGGUCCGCGCAAUGCUGCGUACGCCGCUCCCGGCCCCGUUGCUGGGGCCCACGGCCACGCGGAGGGCGGCGAUGCAGUGCGCGCUGCUGCUGCAGCCACGGGAGCAAGCCUGCCGUACAUGAACCAGCUAUUCGCGUUCCCCGCCGCCCCUCCCGCCCUCAACCCCACUACCAACGCAGCAGCAGCCACAGCCGCAGCAGGCACAGCAGGUGGAGCAGCAGGCGCAGGUGCGGGCGGUGCUGCCAAUGCGGGGCUGAGUCCAGCGCAGGUGGAGAAGACGGCGGGUCCCGUAGAGGUGGGAAGAGGAGAGGGGGAAGCAGGAGCGGCAGCAGGCGAGGCGAAUGAAGGGGCAGGCGGGGCACCCAUGGACGGUGGUGUGGCGAGUCCCACGCACGUGGUGUCAGGACCAGGCGUGGCCAUGGCGACGCAGUGGUCGCCAUCUCUCAUGUCAUCCAUGGCCGGCCUCUCCAUGCUCAACGCUGCCGCUGCCGCCGCCGCUGCAUCUGCUGCCUCUGCCGCUGGGGGCGAGGAGGCGGUGCAGCAGCAGCAGAUGCUGUUCCCGGCGCCCUUCCCCUUCGUCGACUUCCACUCGCCUGGCUUCCACCCCAUGCACCACCCGGGCUACCUGCUCUCGCCCUACCGCGCACCUGUUCCACACCCGCACUCGGCAGCGGCGUUCCAGACGUUUGACUCGUACCUGCGCAUCUACGGCCCCGCCUUCGCCUCCAUGGGCGCCUCCUCCUUCGCCGCCUGGCACGCCCCCCGUGCGCAACAGCAGCAACCGGGCCCUCCGCAGCUGCUGCCUGGUACUCACAGUGCUGCGGCUGCCGCCACUGCGGCUGCGUCUGCUGGUCUGUGGGCGAAUCUGCCUGGUAUGGCAGCAGGCUCUGCGCCGCUCCUCGCACCUCCAGCGCCAGCAGGUGGGCCGGGGAGCCCUGCCAAGGCUGUGGAAGCAGGGACGGCAGGCGCCACAGGAGCAGUUGCACCUGCACCUGCAAUGACACCUGCUGCCGGAGCAGGAACGAGCGCUGCUGCUGCUGCUGCUGCUGCUGCCGCUGUCCCGGUUGCCGCCAGCGCCACCCCAGUGGAUGCACAACUCGCGUCGCCGCCAGCGCCCCCGCGCACGCUGUCCGCGGGCGACGACCCCGCAGCAGCCGCAAUGGCCGUGACCAUGGCGGCGGCGUCCGCGUGGUGGGCGCUGCAGGGCUCCAUGCCGCCAGGCGUGUUCCUCCCCAUGUCGCCCGCGCAGGCCUUCCGCCCCCCCUUCAACGCCAUUCCCCCUCUCCCUGCUGGCGCCGCGGCCGCCGCUGCGAUGCAGAUUGGGUGGCCGGGCGCAGGGGAGGGGGAAGCAGGAGGGAACGGGGAAGGCACAGGGACGGACGCGGCAGGUGCGCCUGGUGGUGGUCCUGGUGGCGCUGCUGCCGCUGCGGAGGCGGGCUUUGCCAAUGCCACGUUUGCAGCACCCGAGCAGCAGCAACAGCAGCUGCAGGAGCAAGAGCAGCAGCAGUGUGAGAUGGGGGGAGCGGUGGAGACAGGGGAUGACGGCGGCGAGGGGUCGUCGGGCAAGGCGAUUCCCGAGGGCGCGCAGGGCAAGGCGGAGGCCAACGACACCGCGUACAGCGCGUCGCAGAGCCAGGGCGGCGACGACGCCCUCGGAGACAACGACGGUGACGAUGCGCGCGCGGAGGAGGAGGAAGAGGAGGAGGAGGAGGUGGGCGGAGAGGUGGGCGAGGGGGAUGAAGAGGAGGGGUUCGUGGCGCUGGUGAGGAGCAGCGAGGUGGAGGUGCAGGAGGAGCUGCGCCUCAUGGCCAGCGAGCGAGAGGCGCUCGCCGCCAUGCUGCAAGGCGUCAACGCUGACGUGGAUGCCGACGUGGAUGCCGACGUUGAUGCUGACGCAGAUGCUGACGUGGACGUUCAGGAGUCUCAGCAGACGGUGGUGGCGGCGGCAGCAGCAGCGGGUGCGGCGGUGGCGGACAAGAGGGAGCAGUCGAACCUGAUCCGCAAGCUGCGCUCGCUCGAGAAGUUCAAGGUCCGCCACGCCAGCGCUGCCGCCCCCACUGCCGCCACUGCCGCCGCCAGCGCCACCGGCGCUGCGACUGCAGCGGCUGACGAGGCGAGUGCGAAGAUGAGCGCGUGCGGGCCCGGUGUGGGCGGAGAAGGUGCGGGGUCCGGCGGGGGGGAGGGCAGCGGCGGGGAAGGGAACGAGGGGGGCACUGAUGGGCUUGGCGAAGGAGGAGAGGGGAGAGUUGCUGGUGUGGAAGGCGAUGGGGCGAAAGCAGGGGGGGGCGAGAGAGCGGGAGGGAAGGAGGGCGUGGGCAUGGCGGGGGAGAACGAGGGGCCGCGGAGAAAGCGCCUGCGUGGACACUCCGUCAGCGGCAGCAACACGCCACCUCCCACUACCAGACAAACUCUGCCCUCCGGAGACAUGCCUGUGCCGGCCGAAGGCGGCGCAGGGGAGGCAGCAGUGGCGGGAGAGGGAGCAGAGCAGCAAGGGGACGUGCGCGCCACCCCGUCGUCCUCAGGCAGUCGCGGGCAGAACGGCAACGGCGGGGGCAGUGGCAGCGGCACGAAGCACGAGGGCGGAGGGGGGCCCGAGGGGUCAGGGGAGAACGGGCCGAGCUCCAACUCGUCUGAAUGCGGCAACGAGGCCGGCAGAGAGCGGCUGGGCGGGUCCAGUGAUGGUGGCACGAGUGAGCGCGAGGCGUGCAAGCGGCGCGAGCGAGACGAGUCUGAGGAGGGUGCCACGGCCAAGAGCGCUGUGAAACGACUGCCUGGCGGCGAGGCGGGCGGUGAGAGCGAUGGGAAGGACGAGGAUGGGAAAGAGGAGGAGGUGAAUGCAGAACGUGGCGAGGAGGGAGAGAAGGAGGAUGAGAACAACGAAGAGGCAGAUGCUGGUGGGCAAGGGAUGGAGGCGGAGAGGGCAGAGGAAGAGGGGAAGGCGAAAGAGAUGGAGAGGGGUGGUGCGAUUGAGGAGAGGAGCGCCAAGCGCAGCAAGGUGGUGGCAGGACGGGGUGCAGGCGACGAGGGGUGCUCCCGAGUGGUGGGUGGGGUGCCGCAGAGCAGCAGUGCGCCCACUGCUGGCAGCAGGUCGCACACGCCCCUCAGCCUCUCCACCCCGCAUGCCCUGCUGCUCAGGCUGGACGCCUGUCAUGCAGGUGCGCGUGCCGAGGGCCAGCAGCACAAGGAGGGCGGCGGCGACACCAACGCUGCUGACGGGCUGGAGCAGCUGCAGCUGCUGGGGAAGAAGCGCGUUGGGGCAGCGAGAGGUGCAAGCGGUGGUGGGCGCAAGGGCGAGGAGGGCGAGGAGGGGUCGGCAAAUGAAGCAAGAGGCAGUGCUGCUCGGCCUGGGCGCACAGAGACGUCUCAAGUGGUGGGCGCUGGCAGGCGCGACCUCAGAGGCGACGGCCAGUCCGUCUUCCGACCGCUGCCCACCCUCCCCCCCAAGGUGACGCCCCCACAUGCCCCCCCUCGCCUCCUCCCCCCUCCCCCCUCCAAACCUGCGCCCCCACUUGCAUGUGGGGUCGCCCAGGCGGAAGGCCCUCAGCCGGUUGCCGCUGCUGCUGGCGCUGGCGCUGGUGGUGGUGGUUGUGAUGGUGAUGACGGUGGUGGUGAGGCCGUGAAGGGACAGGAGGGAGAUGAGGCACGUGCGGCGGUGAGAGAAGAGGGGGAGGUCGGAGGGCAGAGGGAGCAAGGAGCGGUGAGACAGCAGCGGAGAGGCAAGGAGAAGCGCGCAUCGAGUGGUGGGGAGGCGGUGCGACAGGAUAGUCGCAAGCAUGAGAGGGACGAGAGUAGGGAGGGAGAGGAGUGGAUGACAGACAGGAAGCAGCAGCACGUGCAUCAGCACCAGCACCAGCACCAACACCAACACCAACACCAGCAGCAGCAGCAGCCGACGAGCAGCGGCGCGGCAUCGCUGCUAGCAGGCAUGCGCAUCGUGGGACCGUCCCUGCCCAUGCCGUCGUCCCCCACGGGCGACCCAUCAUCGAGCAACAGCCCGGAAACCCCGAGCCUGAGGUCCGGUGAGGGUGGGGAGGAGUAUGGGGGGAUGGUGCAGUGCAGUAAGGGGGAGAGCAGUGAUGGGGGGGAAGGAGAGGGGAGGGAGGCCGGGGGUGGAGGAAGGGGAGGGGAGAGCGGUGGUGGCGAGGACGAUGCGAUGGGUGAUGAAGAGAGAAGAACAGCUGCCUUGCUGAAGGCUGACACACGGCACCCAUGGAACACAAAGGGCGCUGCAGGUGUGGAGGUGCAGCGCAGGGAGCAAGGGCCUAGCGUCAUAUCGGCGCGGUUGGUGCACAGUGUGGGCGGUGACGGGGCGAACAAGCACAGCGAGUGGCAGCGGGGGCGGAAGCAGAACAGCCACCGCUUCCAGCCAUACAGCCCCCGCAGGGAGCGCACCGAGCACCGCAGUGCCCCUGCCCAUGGCGCCACUGCUUCUGGCCCACCCCCCACUGAGGCCAAGGGUGACGUGGGGGAAGGGGAGGGCAAGCACAUGCAGCAGACCUGA